AUGGCAGAUACAACUAAGUCCAACGUCCGCAAACGCAAGCCUCACCGCAAAGGAAAGAACAGACGUGUACGGAAGCGUGGUGGCAAGGCCCGCUCUGUCCUAGAUGCGGGCGCCCAAACCCAGCCAUUAUCAGAAGUCCUCAACGAAACCAAACAUCGAAAAGCGAAACCAUGGACUGCAGUUGUACCCAUCUCGGAUGAUCCACUUGAGCAGAACAUUGUCGAGCGUGUACCCAUGCCAGAAGGAUAUAUCUUCGUCCCCAAAGGCGAUGUUUACAUCACGCGACAUUGCCGCAGCAAAACCAAAGAAUCAAACCAGAUAGUCUACCUAGUCUACAAACCAAACGGCAAACACACACUCGGAAUUCGAGUCCCAUCAGAAAUAUACACCACAGUCCAAGAAUCCGCAGCAGCCACAGCAGAUUCACGCGCAGACGCGGUAAAAACCCGCGAUGCAAAAGAUACCAGCAAGAACCGCAAACUUCUCAUCGAAGAAUUCCCACUAAUGCCCAAACCAAGCCUGGAAGUGAUCCUCGACCAUGCAUUCCUGAAAGGAUCAGGACGGGUAGGCCGUACGGCACGGAUAUCCGAUGAACAUCGGAUCCACCUGGCUGUUGAGGCUCAUAUUCGCCAUGUGAUGACACCUUACGACAAGCUCCUUGAUGAAGGGGUUGAGCGGAAUAAAGCCCGGGAGCGGGUUUGGGAUACAGUUCAGGCUAUUGAACGGGCUUGGCAGGGGUGUAUGGCUAAGGAGCAGAAGGAGGGGGAUAGUCCAUUGGCGUUGCGGCUCGCGUGA